AUGGCGGACGCGCCGCGCGACCGGCGGCGAAGGGGCCGCGCUCCCGGGGCUGCCUCCGCGGCGGCCGCGGAAGACGACGGGGAGGAGCACCACCUCAACCCCUUCCUCUCCGACGAGGCGCCCUCGUCCUCGAGGAUCCAGUUCAGGAACGUGGCGUCGCGGGCGCGGUGGGUAGAGGAGGCCGGCGAGGCGGAGGUGCUCGACAGCAAAGGGAAGCUCUGGCUGACCACGGGUGUCACCAGGGACGGCAAGCUCUACUACAACGUCGAGGAGAUCGGCUUCUUGGCAGAAAGAGGAGCGCUGGUUCUUCUUGAUGAUGAGGAUGAAACGAUAGGACUGGAGGAAAUCUAUAAAAAGAUUGCUGGAGGAAAUUACGGGUGCUCCUGGGAUGCCUUCCAAGCUUACAAGCACUUGAAGGUGCUUGGCUACAUCGUUGGACGGUAUGGUGUACCCUGGACAACGAAGCAUAGUGGCACUUGUGAAGUCACCGAUUCUCCCAAGAGUAUGGCUGACACUGAACGUUGCUCGGAUGGAGCCAAUGGUGCCUGCAAUGACAUCACCAAAUUUCUCAAAGAAAUGCAUGUAGAUGGGAUAUAUCCAUCCUUUGAAGUUCAUCUACCGAACAGCAAAUUUAAAAAGUCAUGCCCGGGAGUUCCUACUUUCCUCCUAUGUCUGCUAAGAGACAAGCCACCCUCAAGGGAUGAACUGGAAGCCGUGGAGAACAAGUUUGAGGGUAUUCCUCUUAAAUUCUGUCAAGUUGAUAAUGGACGUAUCAGCUUUCUCACCUUCGACAAUGUUACGCUUCCUAGUUUGCCCUGAUAGGUAGCAGUAGGAAUCAUUGUUAGUUUUCGCCGGUUCUUGGUACUGUAAGCUAUCAGUUCAGUCUACCUCUGUUCUGUUUGUAGUGAACGAAUCCUUAAUAUCGCUUGUUUGCUUCUUGUCCUGAUCCACUACCAUAGUGAUUGGUGAACUGUCAACUAUCUGGAUGAUGUUAACAAUUUUAUGGUUUUUUA